UCUUUCUUCACAAAAAUCAACCCAACCAUGAGUGGAGAUCAUGGACGCGGAGACUCUCAGGUCAACUCCGGAUCAAAAGGAAUUGAUUCUCACAAACAUAAAGAUAAGCACAAAGACAAGGAACACAAACACAAAGAUCACAAAAAAGACAAGGAGAGGGAAAAAACAAAGUACAGCAACAGCGAACAUAAGGAUUACUCUGAGAAAAAACACAAAGACAAAGAGAAGCCGAGGCACAGUGAUGGCAGCUCAGACAAGCACAGAGAAAAACACAAAGACAAGGACAAAGAGAAGAGGAAGGAGGAUAAGAGUUUAUCAUCCCAUUCUGACAGGCCCAAAAAGGAGAAGGAAAAUGGAUAUGUGAGAGAGAGAAGUCCUACAGCCAUUAAAAGUGAGCCGGAAGAAGACAAUGGUUUCUACCCUUCUCCCAAACAUAACAAGGCCACCAAACGUGAGAAGGAUGACGAUGAGGAGUUUGAAUACAAGCCCAAGAAUGUCAAGGUGGAACAUGACAAGAAGGCCAAGAAGAGGAAACAUGAGUAUGAAGAUGAUGAGGAGGAUGAGGACAUUAAGCACAAAAAGAAGACAAAAGACAAGAAAGCAGCGGAGGGAAAGAAAGCCAAAAAAGAAGAAGAGGAGAAAUGGAAAUGGUGGGAGGAGGAGAGAUAUACUGAUGGCUCCAAAUGGCGCUUUCUAGAACAUAAGGGUCCAGUCUUUGCUCCCCCUUAUGAGCCUUUGCCUGACAAAGUCAAAUUUUACUAUGACGGUAAGCCAAUGAAACUUAGUGCUCCUGCUGAGGAAGUCGCUACAUUCUUUGCCAAGAUGUUAGAUCAUGAGUAUACCACUAAAGACAUCUUUAGGAAGAACUUCUAUAAAGACUGGAGGAAGGAAAUGACAGCAGAGGAGAAGUCAGUAAUCACUGAUCUGAACAAGUGUGACUUCAGAGAAAUGAGUGAAUAUUUCAAGGCUCAAUCAGAGGCUCGCAAACAGAUGUCCAAGGAGGAGAAACAGAAAAUCAAAGAGGAAAAUGAGAGAAUCCUCCAGGAGUAUGGUUUCUGCAUCAUGGACAAUCACAAAGAAAGGAUCGGAAACUUUCGCAUUGAGCCACCUGGACUGUUCCGAGGACGAGGGGACCAUCCCAAGAUGGGAAUGCUGAAACGGCGCAUUAGACCCGAAGACAUCAUCAUAAACUGUAGCAAGGACUCCAAACAACCCAAACCUCCCCCGGGGACAAGGUGGAAGGAGGUUCGCCAUGACAACAAGGUGACGUGGUUAGUAUCCUGGACAGAGAACAUCCAAGGCUCCAUCAAGUACAUCAUGUUGAACCCUAGCUCCAGGAUCAAGGGGGAGAAGGACUGGCAGAAAUACGAGACAGCGAGGCGUUUAAAGAAGUGCGUGGAUCGGAUUCGUGCCCAGUACAGAGACGACUGGAAGUCCAAAGAGAUGAGGAUCAGACAGAGAGCCGUUGCCCUGUAUUUUAUUGACAAGCUGGCUCUGAGGGCGGGCAACGAAAAGGAAGAAGGCGAGACGGCAGACACGGUGGGCUGCUGCUCACUGAGGGUGGAGCACAUCAAGCUGUACCCCAAGAUGGACGAGCAGGAGUAUGUGGUGGAGUUUGACUUUUUAGGAAAAGACUCCAUCCGCUACUAUAACAAGAUUCCUGUGGAGAAGCGGGUCUUUAAAAACCUUCAGUUGUUUCUGGAGAACAAGCAACCGGAGGAUGACCUCUUUGACAGGUUGAACACAUCUAUCCUAAAUAAGCACUUACAGGAGCUGAUGGAUGGACUGACAGCCAAAGUUUUCCGUACUUACAAUGCUUCCAUCACUCUGCAACAGCAGCUCAAGGAACUUACCUGCCCUGAAGACAGCAUUCCAGCUAAGAUCCUGUCAUACAAUCGAGCUAACAGAGCAGUGGCCAUUCUGUGUAACCACCAGAGAGCUCCGCCCAAAACAUUUGAGAAGUCCAUGCAGAACCUUCAGACCAAGAUCGACGAGAAACAAAAGCAACUAUCUGCAGCCAGGAAGCAGCUGAAGGCAGCCAAGGCCGAUCACAAGGCCUCACACGAUGAAAAGAGUAAAAAGGCUGUAGAGGCAAAGCGUAAAACUGUACAGAGGAUAGAGGAGCAGCUUAUGAAACUCCAGGUACAAGCCACGGAUAGAGAGGAGAACAAGCAGAUUGCUCUGGGUACCUCCAAGCUCAACUACCUGGAUCCACGCAUCUCUGUUGCUUGGUGCAAGAAGUGGGGCGUUCCCAUAGAGAAGAUCUACAACAAGACCCAGAGGGAAAAGUUUGCCUGGGCGAUUGACAUGGCCGAAAAGGAUUAUGAAUUUUAACUGUUUUUAAUGGGACAUUUCUACGCAAGCCUUUGAUUUUCCGGAUGGUUUGGAGCCGACGUCAAUCGACGCCUCUGUGCGGCGACCGCAGGGCAGCGUGGGACGAAGUGAGGCUGCCAUCGGACAGGUUUUAAUAAUUAUGCUGUAAAUAUGGACCGGUUGUGUACAGGAAAGAAAUCAGCUCUUGAAAUAUUUCACCAUGAUGCCCCAUUGGGGGGUGGGUAUCUUUUCUUAGAAGCAUUACGGUGUUGUGUAUGUAGCCACUGCUCUUUGACCGUAUCCAAGCAACCGUUUUAACACGUCAAGUAUUAUGUUGUGUCGGCUGAACUGCUCUGAGAUGCUAAGCCAUCAGAUCUACUGAAUAAUAUUCUGAUAGAAUAAUGAAUUACUAUGUUUUGACAACAUGAGAGAUUAUGACGGUCAUCAUGAAUUUCAGGUAGUGUUUGAAAUAAGCUGGACAUGCUGGUGAACAUGAACACCUGAACUAGCACUAUGCUAACACAUUAGCACACAGAAUGUAUAGUUUUCAUCCAUGCUGUUUGUUUCAGGGAUGUACAUAUUGUUGUUCUUUUAGUUUGGUUUUCAAACGUGUGCUGUAUCCAUCCUCAACGCAAAGCCCUUAUCGCUCUGUUUCAGCUCUUGUUGUGUGCGUGUGUUUCGUCAGUCUUACAGUGAACUGGGCGUAACGGUGAAUUCAGUUACUUGAAAUACCUGAACAAAACGUUUUUGUGUGGCACAGCUCAAAGAGACAGUUCCCUCUGACAGAGGGGUGUGUACUUUUGCCAAAAAUGACCACAUCAUCUAUACAUGUAGGUGUGCUGUUUUUGUAAUGCUACAAUAGAGCAGAGCAUGUCUCUGAGCAAUCUCUAAUGUCAAUGGAUUAUAACUUUUGUCAUGAAUACUUCUUGGUAUUUUAUCAUGUGUCACAAUCCCACAAUGAUUUGAAAGCUUGUUGUUUAGAGCUUUGUAAUUUUCAGAAUAAAACAUCAACCUUGU